GGGCUGGGAUUCUCCUCCCACCUUCAAAGACCAAACCGAGAAUCGAAACUGAGCUGGGCUCCAUGCAGCAGCAGCCUGCACCCGCCCGAUCUCCGGGCCUCCACCAGGACCCUGUCCUGCCCACCAUGUCUCCCCCGGAGUCCCCCUCCGAAGGCCACCAGCCCAGCCACAGCCAGAGCCCCGCAGAGCAAGCCGAGGAGGAGUUCCAGUUCCUGCGCUGCCAGGGCUGCCAGGCCCAAGCCAAGUGCCCCAAGCUGCUGCCUUGUUUGCACUCGCUGUGCUCAGGAUGCCUGGAGGCGAAGGGCAUGCAAUGCCCCAUCUGCCAGGUGCCCCAGCCCCCGGGCGCUGAAGUCGGGGCCCUGGAUAAUGUAUUCUUCGAGAGCCUGCAGCGGCGCCUGUCCAUGUACCGGCAGAUCGUGGGCACGCAGGCGAUUUGCACCCGCUGCAAAGAGCAGGCCGACUUCUGGUGCUUCGAGUGCGAGCAGCUCCUGUGCGCCAAGUGCUUCGAGGCGCACCAGUGGUUCCUGAAGCACGAGGCGCGGCCGCUGGCCGAGCUCCGCAGCCUGUCUGCACGCGAGUUCCUGGACGGCACGCGCAAGUCCAACAACAUCUUCUGCUCCAACCCCGGCCACCGCACGCCCGAGCUGACCAGCAUCUACUGCCGAGGCUGCUCCAAGCCGCUGUGCUGCUCGUGCGCGCUCCUGGACUCGGGCCACAGCGAGCUCAAGUGCAACAUCGGCGAGGAGAUCCAGCAGCGGCAGGAGGAGCUGGACGCCAUGACGCAGGCGCUGCAGGAGCAGGACGGCGCCUUCGGCGUGGCGCAUGCGCAGGUGCGCACGGCCAUCAGCCAGCUGGGCCGCGCGCGCGCCGACACCGAGGAGCUGAUCCGCGCGCGCGUGCGCCAGGUCGUCGCGCACGUGCAGGCGCGGGAGCGCGAGCUGCUGGAGGCGGUGAACGCGCGGUACCAGCGCGACUACCAAGAGAUGGGCCGGCUGAGCCGCCUGGACGCCGUGCUGCAGCGCAUCCGCACGGGCGGCGCGCUCGUGCAGAGGAUGAAGCUCUACGCUUCGGACCAGGAGGUGCUGGACAUGCACGACUUCCUGCGCCAGGCGCUCGGCCGUCUGCGCCAGGAGGAGCCCCAGAACCUGCAGGCGGCCGUGUGCACCAGUGGCUUCGACGAGUUCAAGGUGCGCCUGCAGGACCUCAUCUCCUGCAUCACCCAGGGGACAGAUGCAGCAUUGUCCAGGAGAGCCAGUCCAGAGUCUGUCAGCACUCCCAAGGAGCCUUUUGAUGUGGAGCUGCCCAACGAGGUACAGAGGGCACAAGCCCAGGCCCUGGGGCUGGCUGAGACCCAACCUGUGGCUGUGGUACAGUCAGUGCCCGGAGCACACCCUGUGCCCGUGUAUGCCUUCUCCAUCAAAGGUUCCCCCUAUGGAGAGGAAGUCUCCAACACAAUCACACCCCAGAAGAGAAAGUCCUGCCAGACCCAGUGCUCCAGGAAGAUCAUCAAGAUGGAAUCUGAGGAGGAGAAGGAGGUGAGGUUGGCCUCGAGCUCCCCUGAGCAGCCCAGGCCCAGCACCUCCAAGGCAGUCUCACCACCCCACCUGGAUGGACCUCCCAGCCCUGAGAGCCCCAUCAUAGAAAAAGAGGUCUUCCCACCCAGCAGCAACCACGUGACCAGUGAUGCCAGGGAGUCAGAGGAGCGCAUCGUGGUAAUCAGCAGCUCGGAAGACUCAGAUGCCGAGAACUCGUCCUCCCGUGAACUGGACGACAGCAGCAGCGAGUCCAGUGACCUCCAGCUGGAAGGCCCCAGCUCCCUCAGGGUCCUGGACAACAGCCUCACCGACCCCCGAGCAGAAGACAGGCCCCUGAUUUUCUUUGACCUCAAGAUUGACAAUGAAACCCAGAAGAUUAGCCAGCUGGCUGCUGUGAACCGGGAAACCAAGUUCCGCGUACUCAUCCAGCCUGAGGACUUCUUCAGUGUCUACACCAAAGCGGUCACCCUGGAGGUGGGGCUGCAGCACUUCCUCCACUUCCUGAGGUCCAUGCGCCGCCCCAUCUUGGCCUGCUAUAAACUGUGGGGUCCCGGCCUCCCCAACUUCUUCCGCGCUCUGGAGGACAUUAACAGGCUGUGGGAAUUCCAGGAGGCUAUUUCGGGUUUCCUGGCCGCACUGCCCCUAAUGAGGGAGCUCGUGCCUGGGGCCAGCAGCUUCAAACUCAAGAACCUGGCCAAGACCUACCUGGCAAGAAACAUGAGCGAGCGCAGCGCCCUGGCAGCCGUGCUGACCAUGCGGGACCUGUGCCGCCUCCUGGAAGUCUCCCCAGGGCCUCAGUUGGCCCAGCACAUCUACCCGUUCAGUAGCCUGCAAUGCUUCGCCUCCCUGCAGCCCCUGGUUCAGGCAGGUGUCCUGCCCAGGGCCGAGGCCCGCCUCCUGGCUCUGCACAAUGUCAGCUACCUGGAGCUGCUGACCGCCCACCGCUGCAACCCCAAGGAGGGCUUGAAGAAGUAUGGUCACUACCUGACACUGCAGACCACCUCAGUGUCCCCUAUCGAGCCUACUCAAUGCCUGCAGGCUCUGAGUACCUAUUUGGAAGGCCUGUUGGAGCAGCCAGCCUUAGCACAGGCAGAGGGCAUCUCUUCUCCUCCCGCUGGCUACAGCUUGGCCACAAAGGCCUCCCAGCAGAGCUGAGAGGAGAGGAUGACUAGCUUAGGGUCUCUGGUGGGCAGAGCCAGGCCUCACCCAUCACAGCAUUCCCAGGUCCUUGUUCCGAGUUCUCAGUUGUCAUUUUGGUCCAGGGUCAGUUAGUUCCUUUUCUCUGGGCCCAAAUUCCCCUUCUCUAAAAAUCAAGCCUCCACCCCCAAAGUUGGGGCCCUCCCUCCAGAAGCCAGAAACAGGGAGGUCUUUAGUAAAGAAGACAUGGCCUCUGGACUCUUCAAGUGACUACCAGUCACCACACUGGCCACUACCAAGGGUGGCCUUGCAAUUCCUCUCUGACCCCCAGUCCCUGCCCCAGGUGAUAGCUGCUGGCAGCUCCCACAGAUAGCGAUCGCUGCCCAUGUAUACCCAAAGUGCCUUUCAGACCAAACUGUCCCUCAAGAAUUUGGGUGUUCCCAGCCUCUGCCUGCCCAGAAGCCAACUCUGUUCUCUUUCUUUUUGGAGCACAGUCAUUCCAAAGGGGCCUCAUAGCAGAGAGAGCUGGAAGCUUUUGCUUCAUCCAUGCCCCUGUUUCCCCAGUUCAACCCUGCAAACCUGGCUCCCUGCCUCCCAGCCAGGAAAGUUCCUUCCCCUCCUCAUAGCUUUGCUGUCUGGACCAAAGGCCACCAGGCCCCUCUCAGCAUGGCCUUUCCAGCCCCACCAUCAACCCUCCCAAGGGAUGUCCUGUACCACCUACAGCAUUGGCCUUCCUGAGAAUGUAGAAGUGUGGCUCCAGGCUCUACCUCAGGCCUCUGGAAUCAGAAUCUCUAAGGUGUUCUAACAGGUUCUCCAGUGAUGCUUGUUCAUGUUCAAGUCUGAUAGCCCACUCCUUCCGUUCUGGGAACAGAAAAGUCUAGUCUUUUGUCACUGACUGUGUGCUUUAAGUGUAACUGGGAAAGGGCUCCUGGAGCUCCAGCGUCCCCAUCUGUGAGAUGGACUGGUUGGCCUGUGUGGUCUUAGAGCACCCAUCCAGCUCUGCCAUCCUGGGCUUUUAGGUAUGGAUCACAGGCCUUGAGCAGUGAACGAGACACAUUCUCACCCUUGGACCCUAGCUCUCAUUCUAAGCCUUUGGUUCCCCAACCUUGGGGUCACACCAGAGGUCAGCAGCAGGACAUAGGAAGAUGAGAGCUAUCCCCUUUUGCAGAACUGCUGUUCAUUCUUCCUGUGUCAUUUCUCCUCCCUGGCACCCUGCUCCUGGAGUACUUCUCCGAGAGCUCAAGCCUCCAGCCUCAAUGGUUGUUGGCCUCGGGUUUCACCUCGGUGAAGUCUGUCCACACCUCAGCCCCAUCCCGUAGAUACCUGCAGAUCCACUAAGCAUUCCAUAGAAUUUGUUCCCACCCCAGGAGUGCUGGCUGUAACAGUGAACUCAGAUGCAUUUAAAGUGCCAUUCCUGAAGCUAGGAGCUUGGUUCAAAUGGUAGUGCGUCUGCCUAAGACAAGAUUCCAACAGUAGCCCGUUAAAGCUUUGGGUGGGUGGAUGGAGGACAGGAAGGGAGGCUGAGACCCCAGCCCGGUUUACUGAGCCUCUUGCCUGCUGGCAAGAUCUCAAACUAGCCUUGGACUGAGCGGGCCCCACCGAGUCAUAGCCCUACCAUGCAGGCUUUCUUCAGAUGCAGUUGAUCACAGGUUUUAGGAUAAGGGGGUGCCCCAUCCUGUCCCACAGCCUUUAAUAAAAAUGUGAAUCUUAAUAGCCUGAUGGUCCAUUCUCAAACUACUUAGCCAUACUCCCCAAGAAGAGCCAUUCUUGCCUGCAGAGAUGGAGGUUCCUCCAGGCAUGUGUGAGUAGGCACUUGCCUGCACAGCUGGGCUUUGGUGAGGGGAUUUUUUUAGGGUGUGGCA